AUGGGAGCCGGGGCGGUGGGGCUCUUGGUGCAGGUUGCGCUACUGACUAUGCCUGGAGCCCAAGCCAACUGUGGGGAGAGUGAGUAUCCCUACGAAGGUCUCUGCUGUGUAUUGUGUGAAGCAGGUACUUUUGUUGCUAAUCACUGCAGUGCUUCACAUUUUAGAGGAAAAUGUGACCCUUGCAAGGAAGGAAAAAGCUUUACUGCCCAUGCAAAUGGCUUGGAAGGAUGCGUGUCUUGCAGACAGUGCAGAGAAGAUCAGAUAACCCUGAGACCCUGUACUCUGACACAGGAUGCUGAAUGCCAGUGCAAACAAGGGUAUUUCUGUGCUGAUGAGGGCUGUGAAAUAUGUGAGAGAAACAGUCAAAUGCAUCCGGACGGGAAAGAAAUCUUGCUGAAUUCCACUGAUACUACACAUGCAGGCAUACCCAAUCAAGGGAUGAGCGCCUUUGUUUGGGUUAUUCUGGCUCUGUCUGUCUUGGUUUUGCUAAUUGUUGCUGCUCUUAUCAAAAGGCUGAAGUGUGAUAAAGCUGCCUUAACUGAUAAAGAUGCAGAGGGAGGUCUGGUAAGUAUGUGAUGGAUCAAGUGUUUCAUCUCAGUCUAAUUGUUCACAGCCUAACUGCACCUGAUACACAGCCCUCAGUGUUUGUCUCACUGUAGAUCUCUGGCAGAAUGUGUUCCUGUGAGGCAGCAAGUUGUUUCAUACAAGAUUCAUACAAGGUCCAGUGUAAAUUAGCAAGUGCCUGAUGCAUUCAAUAGCUGCAUGUGUCUGCUGCAGUUGGCCCUGUCAAUACUUGGAAACAUUUCAGAGCCUGUGACCAGGAUGCAUUAGAAGCAUCUUGGACUACCUGCAAUUUUUCACUUCAGACUGUCUCCAAGUGAUACUUUGGUCGAAUUAACUUUAUUUGCUACUUCACACAUGUAUUCCCCAGCUGAUGGCAGCUAUUGUUUACCUGCAUGGUGAUGUUUGAGCUCUCAUUGCAUUGUGACUACAAAUUAUUUGUUCAUAAGACUUAACUACUCCUGAUCCAGUAAAGUGAUUGCGUCUUCCUGCCUUUGGGCUCAUGU